AUGGAUUUUGAUGAGAGGGUGGUGUCUGUGGGCUCCAACAUGUAUCUGCCCAGCUGCACUUACUACGUCUCGGGGACGGAUUUCUCUAGCCUCCCUCCUUUCCUUCCUCAGAACCCACCGUCUUGUCCCAUUUCAUACUCAUAUUCCGCAUCAAACCUGACACAAGUUCAGUCCGUUAGAGAGGUCGCCUUCAGAGACUAUGGCAUUGACACAACCGCUAAGUGGCACCACAGGGGAAAUCUGUCUCACUGCUACCCCACUGAAGACAUGGUGAGCCGAGAUUGUCUGUCUAGCCCGGGGACUUUAGGGGAGAUGUUUUCGAAAAACAAUUCGGUCAUGUACCACUCCGGUUCGAACCAUGCUCCCAACAUGUACGGCAGUGUAGGGAGAAACGGAGUGCUGCCCCAAGUCUUCGAUCAGUUUUUCGACACGUCAUACGGGAGUGGAGAGAGCUUAUCCACAGAGAACCCUCCAGUGAUGGAUAGAACUACCGCCAAGGAACCUCUGGACUCUCGCGUGCCUGACUCACAUACUUGCAGGGGAGAGACUAGAGAGCGAGAGGAGCGGCGCGAGGAGGGCAGCAGUAGUCCCGAAUCCUCUUCCGGCAACAACGAGGAAAAAUACAGCAACAGCAGUGGACAGAGAAUGCGGAAAAAGAGAUGUCCAUAUACGAAGUAUCAAAUCAGAGAACUGGAGAGAGAAUUCUUUUUCAGUGUUUACAUUAACAAAGAGAAACGUCUUCAGCUCUCCAGGCUGCUCAACCUGACAGAUCGCCAAGUCAAAAUAUGGUUUCAGAACAGACGAAUGAAGGAGAAGAAGUUGAACAGGGACCGUUUGCAGUUUUACAGCACGAAUCCUUUGCUUUAG